AUGUCGUCGCUUUUAUCGCGUACGCUCGAAGGUGUCAAAGAGCAGGCUCAAGGUGGGCGCACCGACACCAACGGCAAUAGUCGACCCAGGAGAUCCGACACCGCUCCGGGCACUCGUCACAGCCCCUAUGCGGUCAGUACUUCUUCCCCCUCUCCCCUCUUCGCGCUAUCAAUCCACUGAUAUGCUCAAGCUCAACCUAUGCAGAGACCGAGGGACGACGAGGCGUGGUCGCACGACAUGUACGAACGAAAGUCGGCCCCGACCGCUCACACCAACGUCGACUCCUUUGCGGGCGGGCGCAGGGCGCAAGGUUACGGCGUACCUUCGGCUAGGCUCAAGAUCACCAACGUCCACUACGACAUUUCCGAGGACGAGCUCAAGGUAGGCGUCGUCCCCCCUUCUCCCGUGGAGCCGAUCGAGGCGAUCAAGAGCUCCCCUCACGUCUUGAGUCCCGGACAGAUGGGAGCUUGUGCAGUGCUGACCCGCCCAUAUCAACGUGUUGCCCCGCAAUCGCAGGCGCUCUUUGGUCAGAUCGGACCCAUCUCGAUAGGACCCAAGAUUAUCGUACGUCUAUGAUCGCACCGUCGUAUAGGCGUGGCUCGACGCGUCGACGCAGUCCACGGGACCCAUUCAGCCCACCAGACUCGUCGCUUACAACCCCGCCACCCGGUGCUGUUGCAGUUUGACGCUUCAGGUCGAUCGACCGGAAGGGCUUUUGUUACAUACUCGGACGAGAGAAACGCCGAGGAAGCCAUGCACGCGUUCCAAGGCGCGCCCUGCAAAGGUCCGUCCACCACGCUAGUCUGCGCUGGACAGGACAAAGAUUCUCAACCUUGAAAAUUUUGCGUCUUCCCAGGUGAAAAGAUUCGCCUUGAAUAUGACUACUUUCUCGACAACACCUACACGCGUGGUCAGGCCGCACCGGGCACAUUGCUGGCUCGCAUUGACGAGUGAGUCACUGUCGCAGUGCAUGCUCCUGUGGCGAACCACCGAGCUGAUCGAACUGCAAAAUAUUUUUGACUUGCACUCGUCACCUACCCCCAGUGACAAAGGGAGGCGAUCCAAGGGUGACAUGGAGCGCUAUGCUCCUCCCGCAGCUCGUAGCGACCCACCAUCGGGCCGGUACGCACGCGGCUCAGGGGUACAUUCCUCGUCGCAUAGGGACGACAGAGCAUCCAACGGGUCAUCCCGUGGCGUACGAGCUGUCGGCGUAACAAGAGGUGGUCGAGGUGGAGGGUCGGGCAGCGGAGGGUCGCGACCACCGAGGAAAGAGCCCAAGACCGCCGACGACCUCGACCGAGAAUUGGACUCGUACCUCAAGCAAGCCGACUCCGAGCCCUCUGGCCAGGUCAGUUCGUGGUUCCGAAGUGGGCACUCGGGAUGUCUCCUAUUUUUGCUAACCUCGCUUCACCCUCGCUUGAAAGGCUACGUCUGCAACUGCGGCACCCGUCGCGUCCGAAGUACCCGAGGUCGAGAUGAGUUGA